GCGUUUUGCACGCGACAUAUUACUGGGAUUUUAUCCGUGCUCAUUAUGCGAGCGUUAAGCAGGAAAACUUUUCUCUUAGGAAUUAUAUUUGUUGUUAGUUCUGUGACAGUGCUUAGGCUGACAGAUAUGCUUAGCGAUGUUAGUGAAACCGUGAGACCGUCACUAAUCAUUUUUCCCGAGGAACAUAACAUGUCUGUGUUGCAAACAACAUAUUCUGCUGUUGCUGAAGAUUUUCUUGUACCCACCGAUGCGAGAAAACCACUUAUUCCACACAUAAUACACCAGACGUUUGAGACGGUCAUGAUUCCCUCUAAAUUGGAGAGUCAUGUUCGCACAGUUGUCAACAUCAACGCCAACUGGACAUACCAUUUUUGGACAGAUGACUCAGCUAGGAAACUAGUGAAGGAGAGACAUCCAAAUCUGCUUCCUAUUUGGGAUAAAUACAAGAGAAACAUAAUGCGAGCUGACGCGUUACGCUACGUUGUGUUGUAUGAAUUCGGUGGUGCGUAUUUGGACCUUGACGUUGUGGCAUACCGCUCGUUUGACCGGAUAACAUACAAGUACGGAUGUAUUAUCCCCCCAGAGCCAAUAGAACACAGUGCGUUGCUGUACAACAUGUCCUUACUGUUGAACAAUGCAAUCAUUUUUUGUCGACCAAAACAUGCGAUAAUGAAGGCACUAAUGAAUGGACUAGAAGGUACAAUGAACCAUAAAAAUGUUUUGGAUGCCACAGGUCCAAUGUAUCUGACUGAAAUCUUUAUUUCCUAUGUAAAAGAGCGUUUAUUGAACAAAUCUGUCAUAAUAAACAAUGACAACAGCGGGACUACCGUGUCAUAUCUAACAGGAGAAGACUAUAAACACGACAUUCACGUCGCAAAUGUUGCGUUCUUUAAUGACGAAAUUGACUACAAUUUGCAGGAUAAGAGAUUUCAUAAUACCUGUAAAAAUGUCUCAGAUUCCUCGAAUCUUGUGAGACAAGCUUGUGGCCACUUUCUCAACAAGGCGGUGAAAAGACAAAAUAACUCUCUGGCAUUCACAGGACAUAAAUGGGUUCACCUGUGGCUCCGAAGUAAAGCGGAAAUACAUAAGAAUUUAAACAAGAAUAUUUCUGAAAUACUCGCAGGAAAAACAAUUACGAUAUUUUAAAGCCUGUGCAACUAUGAAAAUUGAUCCUGUUAUGUCACGUUAAUGUUUUGAAAUCGAUAUCGAUACAUUUUAAUCGUAAAUGCCUUCAAUCGAUUCCGAUUAAAAAAGGUGACAUUUACUUGACAAGACACGGCAAUUAAUUUUAGAUUCUAAACUUAAAAACCGCUCGAAAGGAUACCGCUCGGAAAACGUGUCAUCAGUUUAGUUUAUGUUAGCACAUCACUUUCAAAACUAGAAACAUUACCGUUACUUACUUUGGUGACAGAAGUCGGGAUUGUUUUAGUGGAUGAUAGUGGCACACGCUUUUAAAUGUAAGUUUAUCAAUUAGAAACAAAUAUAACUUUUUCCGCGAUAGUUGCAGCUCUAGACAUUUAAAGCUUGUUGUUUAUUUUAACAAUUUAUUAUAAUAAAGAGCAAAUAGAUAUGUACAUAUCCUAUUAUAAUAAUAAUGAUAACGUGUAAGAUAAACAGUACCGUAUUUAUUUUAAAAUGACCCUCCUAUUCAAAAUCCAUACAAACACAUUAAUUACAAACAUGAAAUUUGAGUGAUACACCUUAUCUUCUUACUAAUUAAUGCAUUUAUGAAAAAUAUUAAUAAUUCCGGUUACUCAUGUCGAGUAACCGAGGUUAUCAACAAGUGAAAUGUUAGUUGUUAUUAACCGAAGGUCAACGUAGGGUCAAUUCGCAUGAGUUGUUUAUCGCUCUUCUAAAUUUCUAUUGGUCAAGUAAAUUCUCGCUUUACAAGUAUUAAUCCUUUGUGGUAAAGCUUUCUUUCGAAUCAAGCCAUCGUCAGUACAAGGUGUGUUAAAAGUUAUGGAAUUAAUUUCAUCGUCAUUUAAAAAAAUAUAUAUAUAUAUUACAACUAUUUGAUAUAAAUUAUAUUGCUUCGUCAAAAUUAAGUUUAUAAGUGAUAUGUCAGUAUCAGCAAAAUAUUUAUCGGCUUCACAUUAUUAUUGGUUUUCAUAUGUCUAGUCAUGAUCGAUAUUUGCUCAGCUGUUUUUGACAGAGCGCACGUGGUCAUCGGUAUACUACGUAACUAUACCUUGGUUUGUUAUUGUAAAGCUGUAUCUGAAACAGAAUGGUAAUGAUAGCUCCCGCAUAUGUAUCUGAGCUGAGAGGACGCGUUCUGUCAUUCGGGUUUUUGUUUUCAAUACUUGAUUUCAAUAUGCAUCUUUUCGGCUCAGGGGAAAUUAAAAUUUAUAACUGUGUUGGAGUAGUAUAAUUAUUAUGCAAUAGUGAUUUAGUGGUUCCGGUCUUGUCAUAAAAUAAAUAUUAACUAUAAGAACUGUAAGUGAUAUAAGCUGUGGUUAAAAUAGAUUUACUCGCUAAUGGUUAUUCAUGCUGUCAUUUCCUUGUUUACUAUUCUUUUUCCAUUUAUUGACAUGUCUGAGACGGCUCUUCGCGAAAUCAUUCACGAGCUGCGGACGGCCAAGCGCGCCAGGUCCGAGACGGCCACGCCGGUUACAGGGACACUAUCCUCGUACACACGAGUGAACACGAUAAACUUACCGCCUGCCAGCCACGUGGCUCAGCCGUCGGGAGCACCGACAAGCGCCGCGACAUUUAGUGCCACAUCAUACAGCGACGCGCUACCCAUGAGGUAUUCGGACGUGCAGGCCGCCCAGAGCCAGAGCCCGGAGUUUCCUACGCCCUUGGUGAAUCAGGCACAUUGUGAGCAAGUUUUGCCAUUACCAUCGCUCUAUUGAAUGACGUAAAACCGGGGAAGCUGGCGACCCAGUGCAGAAAGUUCAAUGUGCGCAACGACCAUUAGAAGUUGCCAGACGAAUACCCCGAGGAAUCCAAGACCGGCGAGGCUCCCAUAGACUAUAUGAAAAAAUGUAUUUUGUGUCUCCUAAGCAGAAUGUGUAAAUUAUCAUGAUACCUUGCCUUUCUUGAAAGGGUUUUGUACGUUGAACACCGCGUCAAUACCCGUUGUACUAAGUACGCCAUAUUUCUAUUGGUUAGCGCUCGGCAGCACCUUUUCUAUCCAAAUCUUAAGCAAAUUUAUCAUUAACCAUUUUAAAGUGCUUUCCGAACAUUGCUUUUCCGUGACGGAAUUCAUUUACAUUUGCUAAAGAAUGAAUACUUGUAAUUGAUAGUUGAUUUGCAUAUUUGCUGAGCUGAACUAAAUUGUAUUGUUUAACUGCUGCAAUAAUUGAUUGCUUAUUUUCAACCCUGAGGCUUUGGGGUAGGUCGCCAUGGAAGACGCCAAAGUUUGGCAGGUGACCAGUUGGCCUUUAAUCGGGUCAACAUUUUCGGACCAUUUUUUUCAAAAUUCAUUUUGGGUCAAGUGGGCCCAAAAUUAGUUUUUUGCGCUAUGGCCAUUUGGGCCUAAAUAAUUUGCGCUGUGGUCAAUUUGGCCCAGAUAUUUAUAUAUGUGAAAGGGGAGUCUCGCCAAACAUUCCAAACCUUUUAAAUGUAAAUGAAUAAAAAUAAAUAUGAUGAAAUGGA